GAUACAAAUAAACCACAACACUGCUUGCUUUCCUCUUAGUAGCAUAUUGAUCAAUUAUAAAAAAAAAAUAGUUUUUUGUCAAAUCAUGGAUGUUAUCUUCUGCUUUGGGCUUCUCUUCCUGUGCUUUCAACUGUGCCAGAUGAACAGAAGUUAUAUUACCACUGAUCCAAAAGGUGCCAUUGAGACCGACUGUCGUGAUCGAUAUUUCUGGGUGUCUGUUGAUGUGGGCUUUACAGGCCAUGUCCCAAGAUUUGAGGCUGUAGUUGAAAAUGGAGUGCAAAUUAUUAAUGAGGAUCAUGCAUCCAUGUGUGGCUACACGUUGAACUACUUGAAUGGCCUGGCAUCUCUGAGAGCUUCCUAUUUCUCCUGCCACACCGAAAACAAGAAUGACAGCAACUUCCUUUUCAAGCUGAAUGUUGUUUUGACUGACCAAACGGGGAGAGAGAAUAAAUACUCUCUCACAGAGAACUGCACACUGCUGGUUGACUGGUCCUCAAAAGAGAUCCUCUGUGAAGAAAACUACAUUGAGGUGACUGUGGCGAGAGAUGCACCCUGCAGAUCUGAUAAACACAGCACUCCCUGGCUGCCUGCUCUUGCUUUCGCCCAGAGAUCUGCCAUCUCCGAGUGGCAGAUAAUGUUCCUGAAUCAGGACUUGCAGAGCUUGGAUGCAAUGUCUAUUUCUGACGCCAGGCGAAUGGGAUACAUGCUGGAUUCCACUCCAAACAGGGUGGUCUUCCGUUCUGCCUACAAUCAGACACAUUCAACGAUCACAGAGAUUGACGGCAUUGCUGUAGAGGUGAUUCACGCAACCGUGUUUUUCAGGCAGAAAUGGGCUGUAGUGAUGCUUGACGCGUCUGCGGCAUGUACGAUAGCCCCUAGUUCAUUUGAUGGAUUGAUUUUGCACUGGAGGACUCCUAAAGUCAUGACACCGCUGGUGCAGGCCUCCUCUAGGUUUGUAAGCAGGAGUAUUGAGCUGGGUGUGCAUGCUCAGCUUUUGGACGAGGCCACCAGGAAAACCAUGGGUUACUUACUUGGAGAGGAUGGGCAGGUGGUGCACGUUUCAGUGCCUUUUGGUGCACCUGGAGGUUACAGAAUGAGCUUAGUUGAAAAUAAUGUCUAUAAAGAGAGUUACAAGGCUUUCCCGUGCUAUGAGCACAUCUAUUCGCAUGUGUUUCUGGAUGAUACUGAAAUAGAGAUCAGACAUCGCCAGCUACGAGUUAUGGAGACACCACUAGUUCCUCGCAUUCCUUUCACUAUAGAUGAAACUUUGCCUCGUGAAGAAAUGUUCACUGUAUAUCUUGGUAGUUUUGCUUCGGAUGUGGAGCUCAUUGCAAUCAAGCUGAAUGAGAACUGUCUGUCAGUAGCAGAUGCCAUUCAACAGCAUUACUUCAUCACAAAAAUCCCCCACAUCAAUGGGACCCACGGCUUCAUCGUUAAGGUUCCUUUUGAAGAUAAAUCUGUUAACAAAGUGUAUUUGGGUGAAGGACUUCUCCAGUACUCUGUAGAAAUUAACUACACUCUAAAUAUCAUCAAGCGAAACGACACAUUUUUCCACAAUGUCUCAGUUGUGGCAGAUGUUAAUGAUGCUUUCCCUCCGGAUGUCAGUGCUUUCUGUACUGCACAGAGCAUAAUAUUCAGAAUAAAUCAUCCGAAGCAGGCUGGACUUUGGGAGGUCUGUGUGGGGCAUCAAGCUCUCACAUCUGACUUAUCCAGACAGGAGGGAUACAUACUGCAAAAUGACAGUCAGAGUAUGACUCUGGAGGUCCCACUCUACACAUCGGGCUACAUUUAUGAGAACAUCACAUUGAGAAACUUUGUUGGCUCUUUUGAAAUUCUUAUAAGAGACUCAAAGACUUUGGAGAUUCACAAGAGAACGACAAAGCACUGUUACUUUCAGAGUGAAGAACUAACAGUGUGUUCCACAGAUGGACUGAUGACUGUGGUGGCAACUACUUCAAAAACCUGGCCAACAGUGCCACCUAACAGCACAACCCUUCUAGACAGAAGCUGCAGACCCAAGGCAACUGAUGAGACACGGGUCAUCUUUUCUUUUGGUGUGGACACAUGUGGAACUAGAUUAUUGUUUGGUGAUGGCUACAUUGUGUAUGAAAACGAGGUCAUUUCUGAUGGAGGUGUCAUAAUUGACCAGGAUUCAGCCAUUACAAGGGAAUCAAAAUUUAGGCUCACUGUGAGAUGCUUCUAUGCACUUGACUCUGUUAAAAAGGUUUUUACAUCCAGAUUGUUUGAAGGACGUGGAUUUGGUUCGGUCAAAAUCACAGACGCUGCAGGUGUAAACGGUUAGUACUAACACUUUCUA